UCGAAAAUCGAUUUGAAUUCGAGUCCGACUGCAGCAAUUUCAAAACAAACUCUGUGUUUUUUUUUUAAUUUUCAUAAGUGAUUAAAUAAUGUUAAUGAAAACAAUAGAUGAUUUUGAUGAAAAUGAUGUUAACGAUUUUUAUGAUAUUUAUUUUAAAUAUAUUUUGCCACUGAAAAACUUGUCAAUAUUGUUACCGGCAAAAUAUUCUUACUUACUUGUUUUUCUGAUUUUACUUAUUAUAAUUGGAGUUGUUCUAUCUAUUCUCAUAUUUCUCACAGAAUCCAAGAACGAGAAAAAUAUCAUUAAGGAAAUGAAAUUUUCAAAUAAUUGGCAAUUUAUAACUGACAAAUUGACAUUCUGUCAGGAUGUUGCAUUAAGUGAAUUGCAUAAAGCAAGUGAUAAAUGUUAUAAUAAAAAUAAUUGCAAUAAAUGCAUUGAAUUAAUAACUUAUUGGCCACAUUUAAUAAAUACAAGUCUUCCGGAUUUUGAAGGAAUAACGCCAUUUCAUCGUGUAUGCUAUAGAGGAAAUCACAGUUUGAUUGAUUUUAUGAUAUCGAAAGGGGCAAAUAUAUUUCAAGAAACUAAUUCUGGUGAAAAUGCUUUUCACAUGUUAUUCGCGUAUUAUAUUCGAAAUCCCGCGCAAAAGAAUUUUAAAUGUCUUGAUCUUCUUCUGCAAAAAGGCUAUUCCUUGACAAAGGAUAACUCGUUGAAAAAAUUCAUUUUAGACGCUAGAGAAACUGAUAACAAAGAGUUGGAAAAAUGGUUAUCGUCUCAUGCGAUUUCUAUUGACAAGAGAUUAAACUGAAAAAAAAAAUUAAGAAACUCUGAAAUUUGACCAUCAUUUAAAACACAUAUCUCAUCAGCAUUUUCAACUGUUGAAAGUCGAUGGGCUAUUAAAAUACAUGUCCUUCCUUGUCUGGUCUUAUCUAGUGCAGCUUGUACAACCUACAAUUAAUUAUCAAAC